AUGGAACUUGAAAAUCCAACGGUCGGAUCAAAAGUUAUGACUCUCGAAAUGCAACAUCAAGUGGGAGCCACCAAUCCGACUAGUGCUCUGGAGAAGUUUAGAAAGCUUGACCCACCUGCUUUCAAGUGUAUAAAGGAUCCAAUAGAGACUGAUAAUUGGCUUAAGGAGAUAGAAAGGCUCUUUAGGGCAAUAGAGGUUAGUGAUGAGCAACGAGUUAUCCUUGCUAUUUUUGUAUUGAAAUGUGAUGCAUUGGAGUGGUGGAAGUCCACAGAGAGGACACUUGGGAGAGAAGCUAUAACUUGGCAGCAUUUUGUUGAACUCUUUCGUAAGAGGUAUUCUCCUGAUAGUUUGAUGGUCCAAAAGGAAGCUGAGUUCGUUAACAUAGCACAAGGUACUCAAUCAAUGUAUGAGUAUGAGCGGAAAUUUGCUGAAUUAUCCUGCUUUGCUCCAUACAUGGUUGACAUAGAAGGAAAGAAGGCUAGGCAUUUUGAAAGGGGCUUAUAG